AUGCGCUUCUCAACAUUCCUCACACUGGCCGCAGCUCCCCUGUUGGCACUCGCCGCACCUCAACAACAACAACAAAACCAGGACGCACCACUCAUCACCGCCUCGCCCGAAAGCCAUAGCACCGCGUCUCUGCCCACACAAACAGUAGCUCCCGGCGAUGCCUGGAACGCAGAAGCCUCAGGUGUAGUACUAGAACCAGGNCUCCGUCAAGAGGCCAACCUCUUAGCCACAAAAGCAACAGGACAAGUCCCCGCUACCCAAAACUACUGGAUCGCCGACCAUUGGGACUCUGUCCAGAGUACCGAAAUCUGGUCCCAGAUCUUCUACUCUCAGACCUUUGUAUCCGCUCCUGGACAAUUGACCACCGCUGGCGCUGGUGAGAUCGGCUUGGGCACACACACAGGCGAGAUUGGUGUCGCAAAGGCAGCAACCGGUGCUGGUGCAUCGGUCAUGCCUCAGGGCUCGCUGUUGACCGCCGUCCUGGGUCUGGCUGGUGUUGCUGCUGGUAUGGGCGUUGUGCUGCUGUAA